CAUUAAAAUUGACCUCAGUCGCUCCCUUCUUCAGUUCUUGUCUCUCUAAAGAAUCGCUGCUUCUUUGAAAAUCCUCUGAAACGGUUUACUUCAGUUCCAGGUUACGUUAAUUUCAUACAUUUCUACUGUCAAUUUUCGUCUUUAUUUUAAUAAAAAUUAAUAAUUUUUUGUCAGUUUUUCUUCAAUUUCAUCCCAAUUAUACUAUGCUCUUGGGAUUCUGUAAAAUCUCAUUUAAUCAUUUGGUGAGUAAAAUUGAAAAUUAAAUUGGAAUCUGGGGUUUAUGCGAGAAUUCUUGAUGAUUAAUCGUAGAAUUGCGGAGAUUUGAAACUGUAGACGACAUUGUUAUUCAAUUUUGAUCGUGUAGUGUUGAAUUUUGGGUUUUAAUGGGUAAUGUUGUAUUACCCAAAUGGCUGAAGGAAUUGCCGUUAGCACCGGAAUUCCGACCGACCGAUACCGAAUUCGCUGACCCAAUUGCUUAUAUAUCGAAAAUUGAGAAAGAAGUUGGUCCUUUUGGCAUAUGUAAAGUGAUUCCUCCAUUGCCAAAACCAUCAAAAAGAUAUGUUUUUGACAAACUAAACAAAACCCUUUUGAGAACUCGUGAAUUGGGUUUGGAUGUGAAUUUGAAAGAAACCGGUGAUUUGUCAAAGAGGGUAAAUCAAGACAAGAGGCAUGAGGUUAAGAAUAGAGCUGUAUUCACUACUAGGCAACAAGAACUGGGGAAAGAGGCAAAGAGAAGCAAGGGUGGGGUUGAUGUGUCACAACUGGCGGCACAAAAGCAAGUAUGGCAAAGUGGGGAGUUAUACACACUGGAACAGUUUGAAUCUAAGUCGAAAGCGUUUAGUAGGAGUGUGUUAGGUUCAGUGAAGGAAGUUACUCCUUUAACUAUUGAGGCAUUGUUUUGGAAAGCCGCUUCAGAGAAGCCUAUAUAUAUUGAAUAUGCAAAUGAUGUUCCAGGUUCUGGUUUUGGUGAGCCAGAGGGAUUUUCGGGUUACUUCCGUGCUUGUAAUAAGAGGAAGAGAAUGUGUGGUCCAAGUCCUGGAGGUAGAUCCUACUUGAGGCAACAGAGUGUAAACAAGGAAGCAAGUCUGUGUGCUGGGGUAGAAGGUGAAGAUCUAGUGCCGAGUUCAAGUCCACUUGAAGCGUUAGAAAAGGAACGUAUUGAUUUAGAAGCAUCAUCACCAGAUGAUAUUCCUCAAUUUACUAAGCAGAGAGACCUUCGUGCUGAUGCUGAACUUGAAGGUACUGCGGGAUGGAAGUUAUCAAACUGUCCUUGGAACCUACAAGUAAUUGCUCGCUCUGCUGGAUCACUUACUCGUUUUAUGCUGGAUGAUAUUCCUGGUGUUACAUCACCAAUGGUGUACAUUGGUAUGUUGUUCAGCUGGUUUGCCUGGCAUGUUGAAGAUCAUGAACUUCAUAGCUUGAAUUUUCUGCAUACGGGUUCACCAAAGACAUGGUAUGCGAUUCCUGGGGAGCAUGCAUUUGCUUUUGAAGAUGUUAUACGUAAACAGGCUUAUGGAGGAGAUAUGGACCACUUGGCUGCAUUAAAAAUUCUUGGAGAGAAGACCACUCUUUUGUCACCUGAGAUGGUGGUUGCUUCUGGUAUUCCAUGUUGCAGGUUGGUACAAAACCCUGGUGAAUUUGUAGUGACGUUUCCAAGGGCUUAUCAUUUAGGAUUCAGUCAUGGUUUUAAUUGUGGAGAAGCUGCCAACUUUGGCACACCUCAAUGGCUCACCAUAGCGAAGGAAGCGGCAGUGCGGCGGGCUGUAAUGGAUCAUUUGCCAAUGCUCUCCCAUCAACAACUGCUUUACUUAUUGACUAUGUCUUUUGUAUUAAGCAGGGUCCCAAGAACUCUGCUUCCUGGUGCACGGAGCUCUCGUUUGAGAAAUCAUUUGAAGGAAGAAAGAGAGCUAUUGGUUAAAAAAGCUUUUAUUGAAGAUGUUCUCAAGGAAAAUCAUCUAUUAAAUACUCUACUAGGAAAAGAAUCGGCAUUUCGUGCUGUGUUAUGGCACCCUGAUUCACUUCCAUCACUUGCCCGAUACUCUCAAGCUGGAACUAUUAUGGAUGCUGCCCCCAUAAAAGGGGUUGAUAUGUCUGUCCAGCCAUACAAGAGUGUGAAUGAGGAUAAUCUCCAGCUAACCUCACAUAGGAAAACUCCUAAUGCCUUAUGUCUGGAUAGUAAUGAUAUUUUGUGUGACUUUCAAGUUGACUCUGGAACCUUGGUGUGUGUUGCUUGUGGAAUUCUUGGAUAUCCAAUUAUGUCAGUGGUUCAACCAUCAAAGAUGGCAUCAAUGGAAAAUUUAUCUGCAGUGAAGAUGAAUGUAUCUGGGGUGGUUGAUAUUUCAAGACCAUCAGAUUCGCGUCACAUUCAAUGCAGCACUAAGAUCUAUUCUCCAGAGACCAAUGAUGAUGAGACAUGGGAUACUUCUGGGUUUUUGAGACCGCGGAUUUUCUGCUUGGAGCAUGCUGUAAAAAUUGAAGAGCUUUUAAGACCCAAAGGUGGUGCAAAGAUGCUUGUAAUCUGCCACUCUGACUAUCAAAAGUAUAAGGCAAAUGCUGCAGCUGUUGCUGAAGAACUCAGAACCUCAUUUAAUUAUAAAGAGGUUCGAUUUGAUUCUGUUUCUCAGGAAGAACUGAAUCUGAUUGAUAUUGCAAUUGAUGAGAAACUUAAUGACUCCCAAGAAGACUGGACGUCAAAACUUGGAAUCAACCUAAGGUUUAGUGUCAAGACCAGAAAAGAUAGUCUCCCAAAGAAGAUAGAGCAUGCACUGAAUAUUGACUAUUUACUUUCCAUUAUGGCUCCUGAUUCAAGAAUUUCAUAUAUCAAAUGGUGUUCUAGAAAAUCUCGGACAAAACAGAAGUCAAACUGCAGAACUCUUGCAACAAAUUGUAAUGGCAAUCUCUCAAAGAAGGAUGAGAUUAUUCAUGUUACCAGCUCUAUGGAAAGUAAACGAAAGGUACUUCUCCAAUACUCUAGGAGGAAGUAUAGGACUACAUCAAGAACUUUUACUGGAGCAAACAAUGCUUCUGAUGCUGAUCGUGGAAAGGUUAAUGAUCACAAUGAGGACAUUCCAGGGACUUCCUGUUCCAAGAGUUUGGAAAAACGAUUUGUGGUAUGUGAGGAAGUUGAGGCCCCUGCUCUGAACAGGGAUCCUGUAAUUAAUGAAGCUUUUACAUCUGCAUCAUGUGAAUCCAAUGUGCUCAGAAUUUCUGGGGAGACUGAUAAUUUAAAUGAGCACAUGGAUGCUGAGAGUUGUCCUAGUUUAAUUGGUUCUGCUAUGCCAGAUGCAGGGAUAUCGAGCAGUGCUAGAAAGGGGGCAGGAGGUGAAUAUGGCUGCAUGGCUAAAAUAAUUGAUCUUGCAAUGUUGUGCAUACCUGAAGAGCUGAAUGAUGAUCAGAUUACUGUAAAUUCAGUCCCAGACAACUCCUGCAAUACGCUUGAGGUUUAUGCUAAUGCAGCGAAUAAUGCGGGUGAGAGUGAGCCUUGUAAACAUGAUACUACUACUGUGGAGGUAGAUAUGCAUAUCUUACCUAAGGAUAACCUCACUGGUAGUUCUCAAACUGGUGAGUGUGCUUCUUCAUUGUUGAGCAUGCAGGAAAAACAGGAAAUUAAGUUGGCUACUGCAAAAAUGACUUCUAGGGAUGGAAGCAAAAGAAGAAGAAAAGUAGAGCUGCAAACUGAAGCCCAUAAAAACUUUAUAAAAAGUCCGUGUGAAGGUUUAAGGCCAAGGAAGAAUCGAAACGGUUUAGUUCAUACACUUGAUAGCAAUGUUGCUGAACUUACAAAAGAAAAGCCCCUGACUAAAAAGCUAAAGAAAUCUUCGGGCAGAGCUUCCUGCAAUCAAGUGCUAGAUGAUAAAACUUCUUACAGAUGUAGUCGUGAGGGUUGUCGAAUGUUAUUUAGGACAAAGGUUGAUCUGUCAUCACACAAGAACAACAAAUGCCAUCACAGAGGAUGCGGGAAGAAGUUCAGGUCCCAUAAGUCUGUGGUUCUUCAUCAACGAGUUCAUGACGAUGAGAGGCCUCUAAAGUGCUCAUGGACAGGCUGCACUAUGACUUUCAAAUGGGCAUGGGCUAGGACUGAGCACAUGAGACUACACACUGGUGAACGUCCAUAUCAGUGCAAGAUUGAAGAGUGUGGCCUUACUUUCAGGUUUGUGUCCGACUUUAGUCGCCACAGGCGGAAAUUUGGGCAUUAUGUAACACCUGCUUCAUGAUGCAUAUUUUGUGCAUUUGAUGAAAGCUAGGCUACUUAGUGAAGGAUGAUGCCAAGUUGGCCAAUAGCAAGAUGUACAGAGUAGUUAUAGGUUUGAACGUGAGAAUUAGGGUGUAAAAUCUUUCAUUUUUCUCCGGUACAUGAUUUUAGGUUUGAACGUGAUGAUUGAAGAUUUUCUUCUGACUAGAAGAUUAGGAAGUUCUUGGGUUUUUUUUUACAUUAAUUAAAUUUUGGUUCUCAUGAACUUAAAAAAAAUGUUCAUGGGCAAUCAAAUUUAAUUCUAUCUUGAGCGUAAUAUCUAUGUUAUUGGGUAGUAGCUUUUAGCAAUUUGAUUCAAACACUACUUUUGUUUUUUUACAACCAAACACUACUUGAUAUAAACAAA